UUGGUAGUAAAGAACUUCUUUGGUUGGUAGCCCAUGACGAUUUCCAACCUAACCUAGCUUUUAAACGUCAUAAUAAUGGAUUGUAGUUAAUUUGGUUAUUUUAUUAUUGAAAAAUAAAAAUGUCAGGAAAUUGGGCGGAACAAACGAACGACGCGUCUUAUUUGCAAAAACAAUUGGAAAUUGCGCGAAGGGAAAUUAAUAAUUUACGGCAGCAAAUAACUUCAUUGAAUCACGUUCAUAAAAAAGAGUGCGAUUCUAUUUACGAUAAACUCAAAACCUGGCAAUGUAUGGAAUGUAGGUCUAAACAAAACAAUACUAAUAGUAAUACUAAUAUUACUUAUAAUCAAAAUGACUUUAAAUGUAACUACAUUGGGAAAAUAACGACACAGUUUCCAGAGAAAAGGGGUACACCUAGACAACCAGGUAUUUGUUCUGAGAUGGUGGCUAAAUUAACAUUAAAUAGUGAAGUUUUUACAAAUCCAAAUCAUGCAUUGGAGGGUCUUCAAGAGUUUUCACAUAUGUGGAUUUUAUUCCACUUUCAUAAAAACGACUCAAAUCACGUCAAGGCGAAAGUGGCGCCACCUAGGUUAAAUGGUGUCCGUACAGGUGUUUUUGCCACCAGAUCUCCACAUAGACCCUGUCCAAUAGGUUUAUCUUUGGUUAAAAUUGAUAGGAUUUUCGAAAAUGUUGUGUAUUUUAGCGGUGUGGAUAUGAUAAAUGAUACUCCUGUGUUAGAUAUUAAACCCUACAUCCCUCAAUAUGAUAGUCCAAGCUUUUGCAAUAAUGUGAGCAUAUCAGAAAAUGAUGAUACAUACAUAACCAGGGAUCUACCCAGUACAAGUGGUGCCAACCUAAGCAUAACAAGAGUACUAGAUGGGGAAGAAAAUAAAGUUACCCAGUCUGGUACUCAUAUUAACCUGGAAGAGACAAUCUUUGCAAGAUCUACUUCUAGAAUUGGUGAAAGAGAGGCCCCUGAUGGGGAAGAAGAAGAAAAUCCUAUAAAUAUACCACCUAUGAAUGUUUCUGAGAAUGAAAUCAGAAUUCCUGCUUGGAUUAAUCAACCACCUGUAUCCAGAUUAAAUGUACUUUUUAAAGAAAGAGCUUUAUUGCAAUUAGCUGAAUUAGGAGAAGAGGGCGAAGAAAAGAAAACAACGAUAAUGAACGUUUUAAGGGAAGAUCCUAGGUCAAUUUAUUUGAGAGAAAGGUGGGGAAGUCACUGUUACGUCUUUCGAAUAGCUGAUCUCUGUGUUUCCUGUAAAUUCAAUGAUGCCAACUUUACUGUAACCGUUUUUCAAGUUUUUGAAAACGAAGCCUCUACCAGCAAUGAGUAAUCAGUGAUAUUUUAUUUUUUUAUAAGUUAAGUUUAAUAAAUUUAUUUAUGCCUUUUAUAUUUUUUUGCGUUAGUUAAAUAAUAAAUAUCUAUUUAG